CGCACUUUUUAGCUGGCAACAUCGCCCGCUCCUCUCAUUCUCAGAUAUCCCAGCUCACGAGAAAGUCUAUACGUUCAACCUAUAGCGAUGGAAGUGUAAGCCGGCACCCCCACCACACCCGUGCAAAUAAUUUUGCACCAUGGCACCCCAACACAAUGUCGUUUUUCUCUUCGCCCUGGCAAUUGCUGUAAAGGCACAAGAUACAGAACUAAUUUUUACCAACGAUGACGUCUACACUCAAUAUGGAGGAUCUGAACCUGUUGUCGGAGGACUGGCAGCUCGAGCCUUCGCUCGGACUGACCCUGUUCGAUGAUCCAUGGAAGAACGUCGACUUUGAGUCGACAGAUAUUGUCAAGACACCACUCGAUAGCGGCGUCGAUGACCUCAGCGAGCUGCUUGGAGCUCCAACAGAGCAUAUUGCAGACCCCUUCUGCAAUGAGUGGAUGGAAAAUGCUGGCAUCACGGAGAUGCUACAGAGCCUGGUUCAGGACUCUGCUAGUGCCAUGGAUGCCAGCUCAGUCCCAGAAACUUUAUGGGAAGCUGCAGACACCUCAUCUGAGGUCAAGGGUCAUGAAAUUUUACGAAGCUUGAUCGAGCAGGGUUUGGAGCCAGAGUCAACCCCACCAUCACCAGAGGCACAGGUGGCCCCAACUAUCGACCUGGGCACAGUAUCCCUGGACUCUAGUAUUGAGACUCCCAUGUCUCCCAUACAUCUGACAGACAUGGAUGGCAUCAUGCAUUCGCCUCUCUCGGCUGAAGAUGUAGAAAGUCUCUUGUCUGGCUCCGAGCCCUCCUCCCCUGAUUCAAGUAGUACAGUAGACUCUGCGAGUGGCUCAUCCACCUGUAGUGAGCUUCAAGCAAUGCUUUUGGACAAUACUCCCAAAUCAAAUGGCAAAUCGAGGAUUAGGUCGUCGCCCUAUUCUAAGUCUAGUGGGCGUAGCACAAAGUCUAAGGUUAAGGACACAAUUGACUCAGAUAUACAGGUUGAAUUUCUCUCAAAGAAAGACAAAAAGAAACUGCAAAACAAGAACGCAGCCAUCAGGUAUCGCCAUAAGAAAAAAGCAGAAGCUGAAGAGGUGAAGACCGAGGAACAGGGUCUGGAAGAACAGAACAAGGAACUCCGUGACAAAGUAGAUCAGCUAGCACGCGAGAUACAGUACAUGAAGGACUUAAUGGCGGAAGUGUUGAAAGCGAAGGGAGUGAAGUCGUGAAAUGUAGAUAGGAAUUUGUGUGAAUGGUUUGUACAUAUUGUGGAUGAAAGGUGUGUGCAUUAGAUGUAAUAAAUGUUCAUAAAUUGUGA